AUUUUACUCAUUUGAAUGGACAAAUUUACUGGUCAAGAGGAAAUGAGCCACAGAUUAAUAAUUCCCUGGGGGUUAGGCUGGGGCCAAGCAUUGACCAACUAUUUGCUAAUUAAUGUAUUUUGAUAACUCAUUUAGCUGCAAUGCCCACCUUUCAUUUUUACUAUGCCUUUGCCUGCCUGGGGAUAAAUUAGAACACAUUUUAUGAAUAUGAAUUAUAUUACAAAAUCUGCUUUCUGACAUUUCUCUCUAUUUUGCUAGGACAACCAUUAUCUCGCAAUCCAGCUGUUCCUCUGGAAGAAGUGAUAUGGCUGAAUGAAUACAUGAAAGAUGGAAGAGAACCAGUCUCAUUUAAUCGGGCACUAUACAUUUUGAGGAGAAAGUUGUUUCCAUUUAUGCAUGAUCCACACCCUUGGGUAGAAGGUACAUAAUUUUAAUUUCAUAUCAAGUUUAGAAGUCCUUGGGCUGUCAAAUUAUUUGUUAUGGUUGUAUGUUAGUAAACUAUAUGUUUCCAUGUGAACUUUAUAGGAAGACCUGAAACAACUGGAGAAAUAUUAAAAUCAAUAUUGGCGAUAUUUCUCUACCGGAAAAGGAUAGAUGAUCUCAAGCAUCACGUUACUGAUCCAGCUGAUUUUAGCAAGAAUUUGUACCAGCCUGAGAAAGACAAAAAUGGAGAACGAAUCCAUCAUAGAGAAGACCACAAUCAUCUUCUGAAACGCAUUGUGUCACGUCUUCGUGGAGGUCAUAUCCCUGGCAUUGAUUUACAACAUUUCAGAGAUGCUUUGCAUGACCCCACAACAGGCUUAACAUAUGAGGCACUCACAGGAAAGAACAAGCAAUCAGUUCCAGACUGUGAGCGCCUUAUUAAUCCUGGGGUCAUUGCAUUUCUGGAACGGAAUGGCCAUGUCAAAGACGCCAAUGUUGUCAAACGUCUUCACAACUGGCACAAGGCAGUGGAUGGAAGAGGGCUUACAGAAGAAGAAAGGUCUUUGUACUGCAGAGCGAUGAAGGAGUGGUUGCUGGAUGAUUGGAUGCCAUGGUUUAGUUAUCAACCUGACUUCAGCACAAUUGAUGUGAAUCGGUAAGAUAUUUUGCUAUAAAAUACAAUAUGUCUCCUUUUGUGAUGAUGUUACAUAAUGCAACUACCAGAAUUAAAGGACCCAUUGUCUCCCUUUGAUGAGUAAAAAUAUAUAAAGGGUCAUAUUGCCUGUUAAUAAUUUGAAUAUAAUCAGCCUUGCUGAGUGUCUUGACCCUAUCAGGUUGUAUGAUGUGCAUGCAAAUCAGUCCUUUCUGAUUAUGAAAAAAUAUCAACAGCUGAUAUGAUCUUGACCAGGGAGCCAGGCUGGCAGGCUUUAAAUCAAUUUUAUCUCGGCAUUAAUUUGAAAUGAUUAAAUUGUAAAUGUAUAUAUGGUAAAUGUAUCUUCCUAUUGGUUGUGUCUGAAAGAACUAGAAAGCCUGGAAAUAUGUGUAAUUGCUGCCAGAAAAGUCAUAAUUCAAAGAAAUGGCAACAAAGUUAUGACACGAAGUUACACAGUUAUAUAUAAUUUUAGAUACUAUUUUUUAAAAAUGACUUUUUAAUGAAUUAUUGACAGGAAAAUAAAGGGAAUUUGUGGCUUGACCAAGGAGGCUGUAAUUGGUCUUGUUGCUAAUUUGGAGAGCAGGGAGCUUCGGCGCAUUGAGUAUGAAGAGAGAGGUCUCCCCCCUGAACACCCUCGUGCAUCUGCAACGGAUGAUGUUGAAGGUAUGAUUGGCCUAAUGCAUGAUAUGCUUGGAGACAUAUUUGAUAUGAAACAGUUUAGUGAUGCACAGCCAAAGAUUUUGAAUGAAUUUAGCAAGAGGAUAGAUCCUGAGUUACAGUUUUAUUACUGGACAGGAGCCAAGGAACGUUACACUGAGUUCGAGCUUCCAUCAUUUAAUGAGCCAUCUGGCAAUGGUGACAAGGAGAGGCUUGACGAUGUAAAACUGUCAAGACGUGGAGACCCAGGUGUAUUUGUUGCUAACCGGGCAUCCUUACCACAAAAGGGACAGCUCACUGCCAGAGCAAAAUUUCACAGGGAACCUGUGGCACUUCCACCCCCAUUAACACAAGAGACACCGGGCAAUUAA